AUGUAUUAUCAUAGAAUAAUGGUAGAAUAUAAGGAAAACAUGCAACCGGAUAAAGAAUCAUUUUUGGUUAAAUGCGUUAUUGCAACGAAUAAAGUUAAUCGAGCAUUAUCGAAGAGAAAUGUACUUCCGGCCGGUUUCCAAGAACCCGAGGAUUUAGAAAUAACGACGUCGCUAACCGAAAAAGCACCCGAACCCAUGUUAAACGUUGGAGUCCGUCAAGGAAAAGAAAGAAUAACCGGAGAAGUUAACGUAACUCCAGGAACGCCAUUAACAAUGGAAAUAUAUUUAGACAAGUCCAGCGCUCCAGUCUAUGGAAUUCUCGUAUCCUUUAUGCAGUGUUCAGUCGAUCCUUAUUUAUUUGAAAAUUUUAACACGGUCGAUGGUGACUUUUUAUCAGCUAAAUUUAGAGCAUUUAAAUUUCCCGAUUCGACAUACGUGCAAUUUAAAGGAACCGUUAAUGUUUGUUUGGAUAAAUGUCAAGGAGUCCAAUGUAGCAACGGACAAAUCGGUUAUGGUAGAAGAAGAAGAAGAUCCGUUGAAUCCAUGCCAGCGGAUCCGAAUAAAAUAUACGAAAUUUCAUUGACGACAUUUAUUAAAAUUAAUUUCAUUGAAAACGUCACGCAAGAACGUGAGUAG